CAAUAGCAAUAAAUAAAUACAGUACAAAAAAAAGAGAGCAAAGAAAUAUAGUACAAAAAUCAAAUAAAAAGAGAUUCAUAAAUUCUUUCUAUCCCUCUCUAAGCUUCUGCAACUAAUCAGAGGCACGGCGGGAACGCAUUUCAGAUCGAUUUGAAUUCUAGGGUUCGUUACAGAUCUUGGAUACAAUGUCUACGGUGGAAGAACCGCUCUAUCCAAUAGCCGUUUUAAUAGACGAGUUAAAGAAUGAUGACAUUCAGCUAAGGUUAAACUCAAUCCGUAGACUCUCGACCAUAGCACGUGCUCUCGGGGAGGAACGAACGCGGAAGGAGUUAAUUCCAUUUCUGAGUGAAAACAAUGAUGAUGAUGAUGAGGUACUCCUUGCGAUGGCGGAGGAAUUGGGUGUGUUUAUUCCGUUUGUUGGGGGAGUUGACUAUGCUCAUGUUUUGCUCCCACCUCUGGAGACUCUUUGCACUGUCGAGGAAACCUGUGUGAGAGAUAAAGCUGUGGAGUCGUUGUGUAGGAUUGGAUCUCAGAUGAGGGAGACCGACUUAGUUGAAUGGUUCAUUCCUCUUGUCAAGAGACUAGCAGCUGGAGAAUGGUUUACAGCUCGAGUUUCUGCGUGUGGGCUAUUUCAUAUUGCCUACCCUAGUGCCCCAGACACGUUGAAGACAGAAUUGCGGUCAAUAUACAGCCAGCUGUGUCAAGAUGACAUGCCCAUGGUUAGGAGGUCUGCUGCCUCUAAUUUGGGGAAAUUUGCUGCCACUGUUGAACCUGCACAUUUGAAGACUGACAUCAUGUCAAUUUUCGAGGAUCUUACCCAAGAUGAUCAAGAUUCUGUUCGUCUAUUGGCUGUUGAGGGCUGUGCUGCUCUUGGGAAAUUAUUGGAGCCUCAGAAUUGCGUUGCACAUAUUCUUCCUGUUAUUGUUAAUUUCUCUCAGGACAAGUCUUGGCGUGUACGCUACAUGGUUGCAAAUCAAUUAUAUGAACUUUGUGAGGCUGUGGGACCUGAGCCUACCAGGAUGGACUUGGUCCCUGCAUAUGUGCGGUUACUUCGUGAUAAUGAGGCUGAAGUACGUAUAGCUGCUGCUGGAAAAGUAACUAAAUUCUGCCGCAUUUUAAGUCCAGAACUUGCUAUUCAACAUAUUCUCCCCUGUGUGAAGGAACUGUCAUCAGAUUCUUCCCAGCAUGUCCGCUCUGCUUUGGCUUCAGUUAUAAUGGGAAUGGCUCCUGUCUUGGGGAAGGAUGCCACAAUCGAACAGCUUCUUCCAAUUUUUCUAUCCCUCUUGAAGGAUGAAUUUCCUGAUGUGCGUCUGAACAUAAUCAGCAAGCUUGAUCAAGUGAAUCAGGUUAUUGGAAUCGAUCUACUGUCCCAAUCACUAUUGCCAGCAAUUGUUGAGCUCGCAGAGGAUAGACAUUGGAGGGUUCGGCUUGCAAUUAUAGAGUACAUACCUUUAUUGGCAAGUCAACUGGGUGUUGGGUUCUUUGAUGAAAAACUUGGUGCUCUUUGCAUGCAGUGGUUGCAGGAUAAGGUCUACUCGAUUCGUGAUGCUGCUGCAAACAAUUUGAAGCGCCUCGCUGAAGAAUUCGGUCCUGAGUGGGCAGUGCAACACAUAAUUCCACAGGUUUUGGAGAUGAGCACCAAUCCCCAUUAUUUGUAUCGGAUGACAAUUCUACGUGCUGUCUCGUUGCUUGCUCCUGUGAUGGGUUCGGAAAUUACAUGUUCCAAACUGUUGCCAGUGGUCAUCAAUGCAUCAAAAGACAGGGUACCCAACAUCAAGUUCAAUGCGGCGAAGGUGCUGCAAUCGCUCAUUCCCAUAGUUGAUCAGUCUGUCGUAGAGAAGACUAUCUGUCCCUGUUUGUUUGAGCUAGGUGAGGAUCCAGAUGUUGAUGUCCGUUUUUUUGCCAACCAAGCUCUUCAGACUAUUGCCAGCGUCAUGAUGUCCUAGACAGACUCCCUUUUAAUAUUGGAAUCUCGUUGUGAGCCCAUGUACUGAAGACCCUCUGUUGAAGUUGCCAUAAUUUCGGGUCAUCAACCCCUUUAAUAUUGGAAUCUCGUAGUGAGCCGUGUUGUACUGAAGACCUACUGUUGAAGUUGCCAUAAUUUCUGGUAAUCAAACCAGUUUCUUCUUUGCCGACAUUUUGAGUGGGUAGGCAAUUGUAUCACUGUGAGAUGUGACCGCCAUGUAAAAAUCCGUUUUUCUGGCUCCUGAACGAAUGCGCGCUCUCAUUUUUCCUCAUGAUAAACGUUGUUUUUGCUUUGUUUGUA